UACGCGCAGGCAGCAGCAGCAGCGCGCACACACACACACCAACACACACACACAGGCUCACACAUACACACACACACACACACAGAGACACACAUACUGGCUAGUGGUUGGAGCGGAGCAGCCAGCCAGCCAGGCAGGCAGAAAGGGAGAGACAGAAACACACACACACAUACUAGCUAGUGGCUGGAGCAGGCAGGCAGGCAGGCAGGCAGAAAGGGAGAGAAAGAGACAGAGCGAGAGAGAGAGAGUGUGAGCAGGGAGAGGAGCGGUUUAGCGUUAGCGCUGGUUUAGCGGAGCGGUCGGGCGUCUGCAGACUCCUGCCCAUGAGCGAGCUCUAAUGGACGGAGACGCCGAGGGGGAGCAUGUGCUCCGGGGGCAGAGUGAGGAGGCCCUUGUGGACCACGGCAAGACCAGCUUCGCCCCACACACCAACUACGAGAAGGAGGAACUAGAGAGUCACAGGGCUGUGUAUGUGGGGGUCCACGUUCCACUGGGGAGGGAGAGCAAGCGUCGCCAUCGCCACCGCGGACACAAGCACCACCGCAAGAGGAAGGAGAGGGACUCCGACCCGGAGACCGGCAGAGAAUCCCCCACAUAUGACACGCCGUCCCAGCGGGUCCAGUUCAUCCUGGGGACGGAGGAUGACGACGUGGAGCACGUGCCCCAUGACCUCUUCACCGAGCUGGACGAGCUCUCCUUCAGAGAUGGACGGCCCACCGAGUGGAAGGAGACAGCCAGGUGGCUGAAGUUUGAGGAGGACGUGGAGGACGGUGGGGAGAGGUGGAGUAAGCCCUACGUGGCCACCCUGUCCCUGCACAGCCUGUUCGAGCUGCGCUCCUGCCUCCUCAACGGCACCGUCAUGCUGGACAUGAGGGCCAACAGCAUCGAGGACAUCGCAGACAUGCUGAUCGACAGCAUGGUGGCGUCGGGCCAGCUGGAGGAGCCCCUGCGGGAGAAGGUGCGGGAGGCCAUGCUGAAGAGGCACCACCACCAGAACGAGCGCAAGCUCAGCAACCGCAUCCCGCUGGUGCGCUCCAUCGCCGACAUAGGCAAGAAACACUCUGACCCGCACUUGCUUGAGUGCAACGGGGAAGGUCUGUCGGCCUCGCGCCACUCCCUCCUGAAGCCGGGCCCGUCCUCCUCCAACCUGUCCCAGCGGCGGGAGUCGCGCGUCUCCAUGCUCUUCAACAGCCUCCUCCCCGGCGCCUCCUCCUCCUCCGCCGCCACCCCUUCGCCCGCCACGCCCUCCCCGACCCCGCACAGCUCGCCCCCGUUGCCCCGGCGACACACGGGGGCCGCGCCCAACUCGGCGGCGGCGGCGGCCCCCGUCUGCCCCCCCCAGCCGCUGCACAUCCCCGAGGUGGUGGUGUCGCCCCCUACGGAGGAGGAGGCCACGGCGGAGGACGAGGAGGAGACCUUGCGCUCGGUGCCGCCCAUCCGAGACGAGGAGGCGUCGGACGCCCGGCCGCCCCCCGCCCCCGGUGCCAGCGGCAGCUCCAGGCCGGGACUGCUGCCCGCCGGCGCCCACGAAGGAGGUAUGGCAUCUGCACCAUCCAUCGGCAGCAACCUGGAUGGAGGCAAAAGUGGCGAGCGCAGGAACACCAAACCUGGGGUGGACUCCAACUUCAUGAAGAAGAUCCCGCCGGGGGCGGAGGCGUCCAACGUGCUGGUGGGGGAGGUGGACUUCCUGGAGCGCCCCAUCAACGCCUUCGUGCGCCUCUCACCCGCCGUGCUCAUCACGGGCCUCACCGAGGUGCCCGUACCCACCAGGUUUUUGUUUUUGCUCCUGGGCCCGCGUGGUAAGGGCUCCCAGUACCACGAGAUCGGCCGCUCCAUGGCCACCCUCAUGACGGACGAGAUCUUCCAUGAUGUGGCCUAUAAGGCCAAAGACCGGGCGGACCUGCUGUCAGGCAUCGAUGAGUUCCUGGACCAGGUGACGGUGCUGCCUCCUGGAGAGUGGGACCCCACCAUACGCAUCGAGCCCCCCAAGAACGUGCCCUCACAGACGAAGAGGAAGAGACCACCCCAGCCCAAUGGUACUGCGUCUCCCUCUGAGCACAAGGAGGAGGCGCAUCAGAUCGGCCCUGAGCUGCAGAGGACUGGACGCAUUUUCGGAGGCCUGGUGAUGGACGUGAAGCGCAAGCUGCCGUUCUACUGGAGUGACGUCCGCGACUCCUUCAACCUGCAGUGCCUGGCCUCCAUCCUCUUCCUCUACUGCGCCUGCAUGUCCCCCGUCAUCACCUUCGGAGGCCUGCUGGGGGAGGCCACCAAGGGCAACAUCAGUGCCAUAGAGUCUCUGUUCGGGGCGUCUCUGACGGGCAUGGCCUACUCGGUGUUUGCGGGGCAGCCCCUCACCAUCCUGGGCAGCACUGGGCCUGUGCUGGUCUUCGAGAAAAUCCUCUUCAAGUUCUGCAAGGAUUACGGCCUGUCCUACCUGUCCCUGCGCACCUGCAUCGGCCUGUGGACGGCCUUCCUGUGCCUGGUGUUGGUGGCGACGGACGCCAGCUCGCUGGUGUGCUACAUCACGCGCUUCACCGAGGAGGCCUUCGCCGCCCUCAUCUGCAUCAUCUUCAUCUACGAGGCGCUGGAGAAGCUCUUCGACCUGGGCGAGCACUUCCCCGUCAACAAGCAGAGCAACCUGGACAACAUCACCCUCACCACAUGCCAGUGUGCUCCUCCUGCAAAAGUGACCAAUGAGACGCUGGACGUUUGGAACCAGACGGGCCACACGUCUGCCACCAUCCCCUGGAGCAGCCUCAACGUCUCGAUGUGUAACGCCAUGCACGGGGACUUUGAGGGCUCUGGGUGUGGUCACCACGGCCCCUACAUCCCUGACGUGCUCUUCUGGUCCAUCAUCCUCUUCUUCUCCACCUUCUUCCUCUCCUCCUUCCUCAAGCAGUUCAAGACCGAGCGCUACUUCCCCACCAAGGUGCGCUCCACCAUCAGUGACUUUGCUGUGUUCCUCACCAUCAUGAUAAUGGUGCUGGUGGACUAUCUGAUGGGCAUCCCCUCGCCCAAACUCAACGUGCCCGACCGCUUCGAGCCCACCUCGAAGAACCGUGGCUGGCUGAUGGACCCCAUAGGGCCCAACCCCUGGUGGACGAUCCCCAUAGCGGUCCUUCCGGCUCUUCUGUGUACCAUCCUCAUCUUCAUGGACCAGCAGAUCACCGCCGUCAUCAUCAACCGCAAAGAGCACAAGCUCAAGAAAGGCUGUGGGUACCACCUGGACCUGCUGAUCGUGGGGGUGAUGCUGGGGGUGUGCUCCAUCAUGGGGCUGCCGUGGUUCGUGGCGGCCACCGUGCUCUCCAUCACCCACGUCAACAGCCUGAAGGUGGAGUCGGGCUGCUCGGCGCCCGGGGAGCAGCCCAAGUUCCUGGGCAUCCGCGAGCAGCGCGUCACCGGCCUCCUGAUCUUCACCCUCAUGGGCCUGUCCGUCUUCAUGACCCGGGCUCUCAAGUUCAUCCCUAUGCCCGUCCUGUACGGAGUCUUCCUCUACAUGGGAGUCUCCUCUCUCAGAGGCAUUCAGUUCUUUGACCGCAUCAAGCUGUUCGGCAUGCCGGCGAAGCACCAGCCGGACCUGAUCUACCUGCGCUACGUGCCGCUGUGGAAGGUGCACGUCUUCACGCUGGUGCAGCUCACCUGCCUGGUGCUGCUGUGGGUCAUCAAGGCCUCCAACGCCGCCGUCGUCUUCCCCAUGAUGGUGCUGGCCUUGGUCUUCAUCCGGAAGCUUCUAGACUUCUUCUUCACCAAGCGGGAGCUGAGCUGGCUGGAUGACAACCUACCCGAGAGCAAGAAGAAGAAAGAGGACGACAAGAAGAAGCAGAAGCAGGAGGCACAGAGGAGGCUGGAGGAGGAGGAGGACACGGGAGCCUCUCCGUACAGCGGGAGCAACCUGCUGAAGAUCCCGGUCGUCACACACAGCGGCAGCACUGAUGUGUCGGCUGUUAAUAUCACUGAUGAAAUGAACAAAAGUGCGGCCUGGAAAGCGGUCGCCCACACAAACACCAUGAAGAAGAGUGAAAGCCAGGAGAAGGUGGCUUGUGUUAGGAUGAACGUGGAGCCAGAGGCCGGGGCUCAACAGGUGAAUCAGGAGACCUCGCUGUGAAGGGUGAAGAACUAAGGGAGUGUUUGGAGAGGAGGAGGGGGGGGGGGGGGAUUUGGGGGACCCCUCCCCCCCCCACACACACACAACACCAACCCCAACCCCAGCUGUAGCCCAGUCCUGUAAAACCCCCAUAAUCCCUAUGUCCCCGACCCCCUCCUCUUCCCACAAAGCCCACGUCUCCAGGCCUCUCUUGGAGCCCCAUCUCCUCCCUCCCUCCCUCCCUCACACCAGGGUGCUGCAGAGAUAGCGCCCUCUAGUGGACAGACUGCCCAACUACAGCAAAGACUUGGGGCCAAGGAGCAUCCGACAAGGCACAACGUUAACACACACACACACACACACACACACACACACACACACACACACACACACACACACACACACACACACACACACACACACACACACACACACACACACACACACACACACACACACACACACACACACACACACACACACACACACACACACACACACACACGCCACCCUGCUCUAGCAUCCCCCAUGAUGCCAAAACCACAGGGGCCAAGGCAAUUGGCCUCCUCACACGCUUGAGAUGACGUUUGGGAAAAUAAAUAUAUAUAUACAUAUAUAUUAUAUAUUUUAUAUUAAUAUUAUUGGCAGAUGUUCUGCAUCAAAGAACAAAAUUGGUCACAUUAUCGUUCAGUACAGCGGAAGGUAUCAGAGGAAGUGCUCACUUGACUCCAGUAUCUGGUGUGUCUGGUCUGUAAAAACAGUGGUGUAAUUGCUGUUGACAAAAACAAACAAACAAACAAACAAAAAAAAAAAAUAUGCUACACUACUUUCACAUUACUUUCAGAAAUCACACCAUCCCACACGUGGACAAGACGAGAUCUUUACCCCUGUAGUAGUUCCUUUCUCUAGCACUACUGUGAGAUGACUUGGUGACCAGUUCUGUGUGCUGCUAUUGACCUUUCGUGGUGUGUGUGUGUGUGUGUGCGUGGGUGAGUGUGUGUGUGUGUGUGUGUGACCCUACCCUAAAAACCCAUUAUAGUCAAUGUCUGUAAGAAGGAAGAAACGUGGCAUCUUUAUGAGGUGAAUGUCAUUCAUAUUUAUAUAUUUAAAGAGAAAUAAUGCCAUUGAAUGUUUACAGAAGUUUGUCACGUAAAGCAAUAGAAUUGUUCUGAAUGGAUUUAAAUGUUUUAUUUAAUGCUCUGCCAGUGUCCACUGUGAAAGCAAGUGACACACGAAAAGCAGAGCUUGGCACUUUUUUCCUCCAUUUUACCGGUAGUCUUGUGUGUGCUUGUCGGUUGUAAAACCUCCAAUGUAACAUGUAAUCGUAAUGUGCGUCCUGCAGAAUUUAGAACCCAAAGUUUUAUUGGAUGGAUUUUACCCAUGUCGUGCUCUGUCAUCACCUGUCCCCAACGCACGCUGUGUGUACACUUAGACCUGAUUGUGUGUGUCAGUGUUCCUCCGCGUUCUGUCGCUGUUUCAGCCCUGUGGUUCGCCACCGUCUCCCCAAGUCCUCAUCCAAGAAUCGCUGUGUCUACCUUUCCACCUCGUGGAGGAUCAGAAAUCAAGAAGAUGACAUAUCUGUUGGUUGCUGUGCCUUGUGUAACUGGGCCUGUUUUGGUACUGUAUGGGAUAUGUAUAGGUUACAUAUAUUUGAAAUGAAAGAGGAAGUAACUACAGGAGUUUAAAUAAGGCGAGAGAGUGUGCUUGAGGAAGACAUUUCACCUUGCAUUGGUCAGACAGACCACAGAGUAACCUUUUGAUGAUCAGACAUACACUCUCUUACAAUUCUGGUCAUAACCGAAAGCAAAAUGGGCAUAUGUACUGUAUAUACAUAUAUGCGGCACUUUUUCUACUGUGUUUUACAGUGAACUUAUUCAUGAAAUGUGCAAGAUACUGCUAUGAGGUAAUAGUCGCUCCAAAUGAGUAUUAAGUGAAUGUGCAUCAUCAUAUCAACACCAAAUUCAGUUCCACACAUCAAACAUCAAUUUUUCAUUUUUUUUUUUUUUUUGCCAAGUCAUGUCUUUUUUUAUGUUCUCAAAUAUGGGGUUAUUUUAUAUUAUAUUUGGCGUCACAGACUUGAUGGUCACACUGGUCAUUUUGACAAAUGUGUUUUUUGAAACCUUUCUGCUGUUCAACGUGUAUUUUUUGAAAUGGUGUUUCUCUGUGCAUCACAGUCACUAUACUGAGUGUGGAAGUAUAUAUGGUGUUGUGUAACUUGUAUCAUCUAAGUAUCCGUUUCCCAUUGCAGUGUCAUAGCAAGUCUCCACAGAAACGCCCGGGUGUUCUUUGGAGACGUAUGACAACCUCACGACUGCUGUCAGUCAAGCACACAGCCAGGUGGGAGAGGUAGCCUCCCCCAGUAGAUUUGUUCAAAUAUAUAGUAAUAAUAUUUUUUUUGUAAAACUGUUAUUGAAAAGCAAUAAAAAGGACUUUAUGUGUAA